CCCUAGCCUUUGGACUUCUUUGAAAAAAGCUAAUUUAAUCAAUUUCUUUGGAUUAAAUGGCUACAGCAUAAGAGCUCUAAUUCUGAACUCGUUUUUCAUCUGGUUUGGUUUUCUUGUUGAAAAAUAUCUACAGACUUCUAACCUCGCUGGAUAAAUUAAAAUCUAAUAAUGGCAAAUGAGAAGAUGCUUCCAGCUCAAGAGGCUGCCAAAAUCUACCACACCAAUUAUGUGAGAAAUGCCAGGGCCAUCGGCGUCCUGUGGGCUGUUUUCACCAUAUGCUUCGCCAUCAUUACGGUGGUGGUCUUCAUUCAGCCCUACUGGAUUGGUGACAGUGUUAACACCCCGCAGGCUGGAUACUUUGGGCUUUUUCACUACUGUAUUGGCAACCCCAUCACCUCCGAAUUGGUCUGCAAAGGAAGCGUGUUCGAUUUUGGUUCGAUCCCCUCUGGGGCUUUCAGGACUGCUAUGUUUUUUGUAGGCACCUCAAUGCUGCUUAUCGUAGGCACCAUUGUGUGUUUGGGUCUUUUUUUCUUCUGCAGCUCGGGAAGUGUGUACAAGAUAUGCGCUUGGAUGCAAACAGCUUCAGCUGUGUUGAUGGUGAUGGGUUGUAUGAUUUAUCCGGACGGCUGGGAUGCCCCGGAGGUAAAGCGGAUGUGUGGCGAGCGGACGGACAAGUACACGCUUGGGAACUGCACCAUUCGUUGGGCCUAUAUUCUAGGCAUUAUCAGCAUCCUGGACGCAGCAUUACUGUCACUGCUAGCUUUCACUCUGGGCAACCGGCAAGACAAACUGCUGCCAGACGACUUCGAGGUGGAGAGUAACGAUAAAGCCUGAAUCCAACAGAUCUAAAGGGCAGUGGAAAUGGAACUGGACAUUCGUUGUAAAGUUAAAAGGAAAUUAUAUUAAUAAAAAAAAAAAAAAGAGAAUGUUGUAUACAGUAUUGGGAAUGUUACUUUGAAAAUGUAAUAGAUUACA